AUGAUUCCUAAGCUAGACGCGGGAUUGACAAGAGGACGUGAAGUAACAGCUAGCGAUGCCCAGCGGUUCUCGAGCCUUCUUGAAUAUCUGGGCUAUGGUGAUGACACCGUCGGUUGGUGGGUUACUGUUCCUUGCUAUGACGCCAUUCCGUACGCACCGCGCACGCUCACUGGCGAGUAUUCCUGCUUUCAUCUCAACAAAUCUGCUCAGGUAUCUGUUUGUGCACGACAAUUAGUGAAUGAAUGGGUAGAGUGA